CCUCAUCCUCAUCCACCACAUCCAAACAUCCAAACAUCCAAAACCACCACCUCCUCCUCCUCAACCUCCUCACAACCAACCCCCCAACCUAAAAAAUGCAAUUCACCACCCUCCUCCCCCUCCUCCCCAUCCUCAUCUCCCGCAUCUCGCUCGCCGCCGCCAGCCCAGAGGUGAACGCUCGCUCCGGCGGGCCCUCGGGCACGUGCCCACAGGUCUACGACCACAGCCCGACCCCGUUCCUCUCCGACACGGCAGACUGCAACGUCUUCUACAUCUGCGAUCACAGCGGCCCCGUCAAGUUCAACUGCCCUGUUGGACUCCACUUCUCCCCCAGUACUUGGGUGUGCGAUUAUCCGGCAAAUGCGGGGUGUAAGACGUACUAGGUGCGAUAGGCAUUGAGGGACGGCAUUGGGGACGGAGGUGGAUUGCAGAUUUCUUUUGUCGGUGGGCACUGCAUUGAGCGUUGGAGCAUUGAGCAUUUGUUAGCGACAUACCCGGGGAAUGGUAUGAGGAUACCUACGAACGUGUAUGUGGGGGCUUGGUUAUUCUUGGGCGUUUAAUUGUUAAUGAUAUAUAAUGGUCUCUCAC